CCUCUACGCAUUCAAACUCCGCGCCUCUCUUGCUCAAGAAACAUCGGUCUCGCGAGAUCUUGCGGAAACUUACAGAACCGGAAGCAGCCUGCAGAUCUCUUCCCUUCUGUGGCCAUCGCUGAAGCGCUAGCGGCCAAAAUGAAGUUCAAUCCCUUUGUGACUUCUGACCGAAGCAAGAAUCGAAAAAGGCAUUUCAAUGCGCCUUCCCACAUUCGCAGGAAAAUUAUGUCUUCUCCUCUUUCUAAAGAGCUAAGACAGAAGUACAACGUUCGAUCCAUGCCCAUCCGAAAGGAUGAUGAAGUUCAGGUUGUACGAGGGCACUACAAAGGGCAGCAAAUUGGCAAAGUAGUCCAGGUUUACAGGAAGAAAUACGUCAUCUACAUUGAACGAGUGCAGCGGGAGAAGGCUAAUGGCACAACUGUCCAUGUGGGCAUUCACCCCAGCAAGGUGGUUAUCACCAGACUAAAACUGGACAAAGACCGCAAAAAGAUCCUCGAACGUAAAGCCAAAUCUCGCCAAGUAGGAAAGGAAAAGGGCAAAUAUAAGGAAGAAACAAUUGAGAAGAUGCAAGAAUAAAGUCAUCAUGUCUACAGCUUUCAUUAAAAACUGUUAAAAUGAA